AUGCUGCUCCGAACCAAUCUCUCAUCGUCUCAGGCACCCUCGGUUCCAGCGCAGCGGGUGACGCCGAGAGCAUCGGUGAUGUUGCGCAUAAGCAGCGCAAAGACUUUGGAGCCAGGCAUGCCCUCUGCGCCCGUCGCCUGUGCCUCCAGAAAAAGCAUCAGUCCAGCGAGCGUAACAAGCUCUACACUCCUGCGGCCAGCAACCGCCGUCACCGUGCAGAGAUGUGUCCGCAGCAUUAGUCCGAAUUCGAGGCCUGUCCUGCAGGCGCAGGCCGCGGGCAGGCUCAGCGAGGCUGCAGGUCCAGUGAGUGAGGAACGUGCUGGUGCUGGCAGCAACGUCGAGGCCCUUGGCACCUCUGUUGGCCAGAGGGCUCUGAGCACCACCGGGCAAAGUUCCUGGAGGACACAGGUCGCCGAUGACUCCAAAACCCGUACUCAGUCCGCAGCCUCCACCACAGAGUUGCCAAGCAGAGAGCUGAAGAGCUCUGCGCUGGAGAGUGCGGUCUUGUUGAGCGAGUUCGGCAAGACGCUGGAGCAGGCGACCCUCCUCUUGCGCCAGACGAACGACUCUGACAUUCCAGCUAAUCCUGGGCAGGAAAGCCCGGUUGGCGCUUCGGCGGCUGGACCUCUUCCACCACCUCACAGUGCUGUCCCCUCUACCAGGUUGAUGGCUGCAACUCCGCAGCUUGCUCCCAACCGAACUUCCCCGCCGUCGCCACGCAGGGCUUCCGAAGCUCCAGCAUGCAAUUCCUUGCGAUGGCAGCAGCCGCCGCGACAAAGCCCAGGCUGUGAGACACACUCAGGUACCGUCCCAGAGCUCCCCAACCCAGAUCUGACUGCCGCAACGGAAGCAUCUGCAGCAGCACUCUCCAGCACAACUCCUGCAACUCCUGCCAUCAAGUUCCCAGAGCCCAACCUUGCAGGCAUUGGAACACUUGGCACCACCACUCAGAACCCCAUACUUGCAUCGGCACCCACCCUCCCGUGCGACCCAUGCACACCGACCUCAGAUGUCGCAACGGCUCCGCUGUGGGAUCCUGUAUCGACAGCGUGUGCACCUUCAGGGCAAUUGAGCAACUCACAGGAUGUUCUGCCGUGUGCUGCAAGUUCUCGGAGCAGCCCCUUCUGCAUCCAGGGCAAGAUGACCAAUCUGCCAAGUUGCAGAUCACCGUCCAGGCCGCGGUCACCAAAACAUGACGAACUCUACGAGGAUGCGGCUGCGCGUCGAGAGCGACACCAGGACCGCCUGGGUGAGCAGCUGCGACGGCAGCAGCGGAACGAAGCUGAGGAACAGAUGCGCUGGCAGUUGGAGAAAGAACGCUGGCAGGCGUGA